AUGGGGCGCUACUGGUCUGGAAGGAUAAGGAUGCUCCUGCUCGUGGGGCUCCCAUGCAUUUUGUGUUCGCUGGCGCUAGGCUCUAUGCCGCGUAAUAUUACGGCUGUCAAGCUGCACAUAGACCGCUGCAGCAAGGAGGAGAGGAAGUUUGGUGCGUGCGUCUUCGAUGAGGCCGCCAGCACCGACUUUAAGAUAUGGGUCGGUGUCAAUAUGACCCUCAUUCUUUUCGUCCUCUAUUACGGCGUCACCCACUCCAUCAGCUGGUUUCAAUGCUUGAAGGAGCACGGCUGUUGCGAUUGCGACAGCUGCGAUUGCUGUUGUUACUGUGAUUGCGACUGUGACUGUGACUGCUGCGAAAGCUUCGACUGCUACGACGCGUGCACAGACGGUUGCCAGGAUCUGGACGGGUUUGUAUAUUUCUACCUCAUGUCAAUCGGAUUGGGGUACUGUGCUCUCGUUGACCUGAUAUGCUACUUUGCAAUGCCGUUUCUUGUCACCGUUGUUUCACUGGGAAAGUGGUACAGGUCUUCCAUGAGCCCUGUGGUCUUCGUGCUAGGCCAGUACAGCGGGUAUGCGUCGCUGUGCAUGGGCGUGGCGUGGAUCCUCACCCUCACCGUCUGCCUCCCGUGUGUGACCUCGCGAAACAAGUGCGUGAGAAGCCUGGCUCCUGUGCUUGGAACCAGUCUUUCCUUCGGGCUCAUCUUCGUCAUCAUCGCCGCCAGCUCCCAGAAGACAAUGGAGAAGCUUAAAGUAGCUCAUCACUUCGAGAAGUAUCAGCUGAUGACCUCCGGGCUCAUCCUCGCGUUCACCAACGUCGUAUGCUAUCUCCUUACGUACCUCAUCGAGCUGCGCAGAAAGCACAUCCAAGAGAGCAACGAGCAGUUUUACGACCUCGACGACGAGUACACUCCUCAGAGCUCGUUCUCUAACGUUACGCAAAGCGGCUCCUAUGCGUACGAGCUGACGCGCUCUCCGGCGGAAGUAACUGACCCAUAUGAUGGCUCGACUCUUACUGUGUCCCGUGCACAACUGAGCACCUUCGUAUAG